UAAAUAAUCCUAGUCGGGUUUGUGGUGAGUGUCAGCCUUAACAAAAAGGGAGGACCUUCAUUAACUGGAGUUUUUCCUUUGCUACUCGAGACAUGUCGUGCAGUCUUCAGCUUCUUUUACGCACGCUGACUGACCACAACAAGCUCGCGGGCACGUUACGUAAGCGCGCAGCCUGGGCAGGCUUUUAAACAGAGGCUGAGGAGCUCCAGCUGGAAACUUUUUACUCUGCUGCUGAAAACCUCUGACACCUUCAACGUGUCUUCGUCCACAUUUUAUCACUUCAGCGUUAACCACACAGUCAUGUCAACGUAUAACAACAGCGCGUGCUUCAACGAGGCCAGGCGGGUGGCGAUUUUCGGGGGUACGCACGGGAACGAAAUGUCAGGCGUGACGCUCGUCAACCUGUGGGUGAAAAACAGCGCCGAGAUCCAGAGGAAAGGAGUCGAGACCAAGCCGUUCAUCACCAACCCCAAGGCUGUGGAGAAGUGCACGAGAUACGUGGACACAGACUUGAACCGAGCCUUCAGCCCGGAAAACCUCAGUGCCCCAGGAGGAGACGACCUGCCCUAUGAGGUUCGGAGAGCCCAGGAGAUCAACAGGAUGUUUGGACCCAAAGGCAGCCCUGAGGCGUAUGACGUCAUCUUUGACCUCCACAACACGACGUCCAACAUGGGCUGCACUCUGAUCCUGGAGAGCUCUAAAGACCACUUCAACCUCCAGAUGAUGAACUAUAUCAAGAAAGCCAUCGCUCCGGCCAGCUGUCUCGUUCUGCUGAAUGAACAUCCUCUUUUAAAAUAUUCCACUUCACGCUCUGUUGCCAAGCACCCUGUGGGUCUGGAGGUGGGCCCUCAGCCUCAGGGGGUUCUAAGGAGUAACAUCUUCGAAGCCAUGAGGAUAAUACUGAAACACGCCCUGGACUUCAUAGAGCUGUUUAAUGAAGGUAUGGAGUUUCCACCCUGUACAGUAGAAGUUUUCCGGGUGUUGGAGCGUGUGGACUAUCCCAGAGAUGCCAAUGGAAACAUCAUUGCCAUGGUUCACCCAAAUCUGCAGGACUGUGACUGGGAACCGCUGAACCCUGGUGACCCUAUGUUCCAAACAUUUGAUGGAAAGACCAUCCACUACCAGGGCCCAGGCACCGUCUAUCCAACUUUUAUUAAUGAGGCAGCCUAUUAUGAAAAACAACAGGCGUUUGUAACCACCAGGAGAGAAACUCUGGUAGCCAGUGCCAUCAGAAAAGCAUGAAAAAUGCUCUGUGAGGCUAACAAGGAUUGGGAUUUCACAGUUUCUUUUUUAGCCUCCACAUGAAAAUCUGUAUAGUUUUUGCACUUUGUUCUGUUAGAAAAAGACAGACUUUUCCUCACAUAAUGACUAGAAACCAUCUUUUUCACACUGAUUUAGUUUUCUAUGCGUUUACUAUCAGAAAAUGUAUUAACUAUGCAAAAAGCAUUUGCAAAGAGUCACUGUGAGAGUCUUUGAUUGAAGACUUGUACAUUGCUGUGGUAUUUAUGAUAUUGCUGUUAUUUUAAGAUUACAUUUACAUAAAAUCCUUUACAUUUAUGAUAGCAAAAGAAAGGACUAGUAAGUAAUGGCUAACGAGUAAAUAUUCACACUCCUCUUACUGCUCAGGACGGCCAUGGGGAUCAAAUCCUGCAACAUUUUGACCCAAAACUCUUCUUGUUUGUCUUCUUAAUAUUUCUUUGUGACAUCUUUGGCAGGGUGUUUGUGGCCUUUUUUAAUUCUACCUACCUGUAACUCCUGUGGUUGCAUCUGUGGUGCUGUCCUAUUGUUGCCUUACUUGAGAUUUCACAGAAAAUUGCACAACUAAAUUUGGAGGGAAAAUUUGUAGAUUAUACGUGUCUGAUUUUAAGAUAUUAUUUUGAUAAGAAAUGCUAAAUGUUGUGUUCCUCUAAACUCAUGGGAUGCAGGUGAAAAACAUGUUUUAUAAUAAUAUAUCUGUGUGUCUAUUUUGAUAUACUUGUACUGUACAUUUGAUUUUAAGUGAUGUAUAAACCUCGUUAAAUCAUGGGAAGCAGAUUUACUUUCUAAUAUUUGUAGGUCUUUCUCGUCUAUGAGUGUAUUCACUGUGAACUUGAACUUGUUCAUUUUUCAUUCAGCAAUAUUUUUGGUAGCACCAUUUAUAUGAUUCGUACUGUUAACUGUCCUGUGGAAAUCAUCAAAUCAAUAAAUCUUGUACUGUGCUUGA